AUGCUCCCUGAAACGCAUUCUAAGUCGUACGCGAUUCCUGCAAUUCUGUGGAUCUGCACUUUUCUGCUUACAAAACGGUUCCCAGGUCUCCUUAAAACAUUGAGCAUGAGGUUUUCUUCAGAAGAAGCUUCUCUGGGUAUGACUAACUUGGACAUAAACCACCUUGAUCCGCUUUCUUCCAGCGGUUUAGACAGCGUGGGGUCUACGUCGUCUAAUGCAGCUUCAAGAAAUGUUGCAUGGAUUGGCUUGUUACACUCUCCAGUACAGUUGUUUCACUUCUGCGUCUCCCUGUUUCGCUGGUCUGGAGAAUUUAGGUCUAGAAAUCGAUCUUACCGCCGUGCCUUAGUCAUUUUAGGCACAUCCAUGAGUUCACUUCUUGUUCACACAAGCCGAUGGAACUUAAUCAAUAGUAUCAUCGUUUACGCUUAUACUCUUUCUAUCGGAAAAAGACAUUUUCAGCGUUACGAGGCCGUGGCUGAUGUCCUUGGUGGAUUUCUUGGUGCCACACUCACGAACAUCUUCCUGUAUCUCCGUAUGCCAAUUUUUUGUCCCUCGAAGCAGCGCUUUCCGCCUCGACUAGGCUUGCUGGGGGAAAGGUCGUUUCUCUUAGGCAUUGGCUCUGCUCUUAUAGUAAUGCUUACCACGCUUUUUCCUUUUCAUAGCUUUUCCACUCACUUAAUCACUUCUGUCCCGCCAAGGAUUUCGCAAAAAUCGACCGAAGGAGUCAGUGAUAAUGAAAGAACUUCUCCAACCACACGUGAGUUACCGUUAGAAGCGACCACCACAAACGAGAGUGCGCGAAUCACUGGUUCACAUGAUAGUUCGUUCUUUGAUCAUCCGUCUAUAGCUCGUACCACAGCUUGCGUCUGUGGCGGAGAGACUUUUUCAUACGCGCUGUCCGGUUUUCGCUUUAUUUACAGAUCGGAUGUUGCACAGCUACGUGGUGCUGUAUGGGGUUAUUGGAUAGAUUGGCUCCACAAUUACUCUUCAGAUAUAAGGGCCCCAUGGUGGUUGUCUGGAUUUGCUACAGAUCUUUUGGGCUCCGGAGACUUUGAAGAAACAACUUCAAUAUCUGGCACCCUAUUCUUUACAUCAACAACUUCACCGGAUCUCCACCACAUGAACACACUCGCCUUUGUUAUGGGUGGAGGUGUCGCGUGGGCAGCAAAACUCAUCCCCAAGCUCUCUAUAGUGAAUUAUUUUAUUGGCCUUUUCUACGAAUUGCCACCUCCACCAAUUGUUAUCCCAAGUGAACUUAUUGAUUCUGUACUCACAGAUUUGUCGGUUAUACGUGUUUACACAGCUUGCCCGUGUUCCUCAUCAAGUAUCAGUGUCAACUCACAUUCUGCUGAUCAAAUAAAUAAGAAGGCAAAAAAUAAUUCAUCCACAAAUAUGACUGUACCUCUGGGUAAUCAUACUGCCUCUGAGGAUUAUGUAGACAUUUCCAUACUACCAGAAUGCAUUUGCCCAAUUACGCGGAAUAUUAUGAGUGAUCCCGUUAUAACCGUGGAUGGUUUUACAUAUGACCGCGAAGCUAUUGAAGAGUGGCUGCAUCACCGAAAUUCCUCACCCAUGACAAACCUACCUCUUAGAGAUACGACCCUUGUAUCCAAUCGGCAGAUUUACAGAAAAGUGCAGGAGGUGGUCGCUGCUUAUAAUGAUGCAAUUAGAGGAAAAUGA